CAGCAAUUUCAUUAUAGCAUUGAUUGCAUCAUUUAAAUAAGGGGGAUGCCCCACCAAUAGUUGAUCUUUUUUAGGAACCUCUUUAAUAGUUGCUAAAUGCCUCAGUUCUUUAAUUGGAGUGAGAAUACGGGCUUUUUAAGUAGAGGGAGUGGCAAAGAGCGAAAAUCUUCAGUGUGAGACGGGAAGUAGACAAGCAAAGCGCGAUGAUUGUAGGGAUUAGGCAUUUCACAGACCGGAUAGGCGAAGGAAUCGGCCAGCCCCGAUUCGACUCUGUCGGAGGCGAGGAGCUCAUGCACGUACAACCCGGGAUCACCAUUGCCCUUGGUCGCCUUUCGCCAGAAUCACCCGGCACGCUCUACAUCUCUAACAGAAGAGUGAUAUGGCUGAGUGAUACAGACAGAGACAAGUGUUACUCGGUCGAUUUCUUGUCCAUUUCCCUCCAUGCCGUGUCGAGGGAUCCCGAGACUUACCCUUCACCUUGUAUCUACACUCAGAUUGAGGCUGAAGAUGCUAAAGAUGAUGAGUUUGAGGGGGGUUCGGAUGCUGAGUGCCCUGAUGAGACAUAUUUAUCUAAGAUAACAGAGAUGAGGCUUGUGCCUCAUGAUCCAAAUCAGUUGGAUACUCUCUUUGAUAUUUUUUGUCAAUGUGUAGAACUCAAUCCUGAGCCGCUGGAAGGUGAUGAUGAAGAAAAUAGCUGGAUUUUUGGUGAAGAUUUCAAUGAUGAUGGAGAUCUGCCUGAGUGGCAUCUUUCAGAAGAUCUUGCUAACCCAAUUGGACAAGUAAAUGGAAAUCAUGACCUAGCACAUUCCGUGCUUCAUGUAUGUGUUUACUGUUAUGAUUACCCUUUUAUAUAAAAUUGAACAAUAAACUUGCAAUGCUUUAAAAUGAUCAAGGAAAAGCCUGAAUCAUAGGUUCUUUACUAGCUUUUGAAAACUAUUAUAAUGCUAAUGUUUCACUUUGCCAUGAAACAUUUGAUCUCACCUAGUGAAAGUUCUCCUAAUUCAUCUCUACUA